UGAAAAGAAAAAUAUAUGGUUGCAUGAUUGUGGCUUUGAACUUGCCUCCCUUUUUUUUUUUAACUGAGCAAUUUUUUUUUUUUUCUAUGCAUCGUGUUGCUUCUUCCAAGAUCCUCAAAAUGAUUAAGAACCCUUUAGUUUGGAUUGACUGUGAAAUGACAGGUCUCGACAUCACAAAAGAUCACCUGAUCGAAAUUGCAGUCUUGAUCACAGAUGGUGAACUCAACAUUGUCGCGGAGGGUCCUGAACUGAUUAUUCACCAGCCAAAGGAGGUCAUGGAUAACAUGAAUGAAUGGUGUAUUGAGCAUCAUGGAAAGUCGGGCUUAACUCAACAAGUGAUUGAAUCUAAACUUUCAAUUGAAGAAGCCGAGGAAAAGGUGCACAGUUUCUUGAAACAGCAUUUGCCUAAAGGAGUAGCACCCUUAGCUGGUAACUCUGUACAUGCCGAUAAGCAGUUCCUGCUGAAAGAAAUGCCCAAAGUAGUAGACCAUUUGCAUUAUCGUAUUGUCGAUGUAAGCACCAUUAAAGAAUUAACAAAACGAUGGUAUCCCGAGACUGCAUCAGGAGUUGUCAAGAAGGCGGGACACAGAGCUUUGGAUGAUAUCAUUGAGAGUAUUGAAGAACUCAAGUAUUACAGAGAACAUGUUUUUAUCAAGCAAUAAACAUACAGCAUUAAAGAGCAGGGUUUA